AUGGUGCUGACGGGCUCUACGCCCUCUCAGUUCGACCAAACCGGUUGGGAAAAUGUUCCGGUGGCAUUUCGGCCUGUCGAAAGAGUCGAGGUUCGGCAUGUCAGUGGCUACUACUUGGAUCGACCUCUGCCUGGACCUCCUCCACGUCCACGAACGACAUCUCCCCCAGCUAUCGAGCCUCCGGCAGUAUUGAGUAUCCGCAAUCUCAGAAAUCCUACACCUCGCACGCACCGCAGCAGGUCGGCUGAGAUAGCGCAAAAAGAAUGGCCCGGACUUGAUGCUCAUAACUCGAGCUUUCAAUAUAAAAGGGCAAGUGUCAAUGUUGCCAUUGCCCUCCCACCGGACCACCUCGAUCCUCCUCCACCGUACACUCGCUACGCCUAUCAGCCACCCACACGUUCUGAGCCGUGGUCAGGUCCGCAACCCCCGCGCGUUCACGAACAACCGUUCAUAAAACCUUACAACCCAAUCGACUAUGUCCGUCAGCCGAAUCAGGCCACGAGACGGCCGCCUGAGGAGAUACCCAUCAUAGCUGCUCCGCAGCCGCCCACCCCGGUCUCCCCCAUUAAUGACUUGGAUCUGCAAUACUUGGCCCUGACACGUUCACCAGCCACCGAGGGUAAUGUUACCAUCGACGGUCUCCUGGAUCACCCUAUGCUGCAACACAGGUAA